UUAUUUUUUUGGUAAAAUUAAAAAAAAAAUUAAUAAAGGACAAUAGGAGACAAAGAUAAUAAACAGCUGGGUGCUUGGCAUAUAGCCAAGAGCACACUUGCUAUUUCGAAGACACUUUUUACAUACUUUUAAAUUGCAUUAGCCUACUGCAUUUCAUAAACAAUUAUGCAUAUUUCAACUUUUCCUCAAAUUAGUUUACAUGUUCCAAGAACUGUUUAGUAUGGCUUUUCUUGGCCUUUUUAGAGCAUGCGCAUUUUUUGGUUGUGGUUUUAGUCUGUUCUUGUUAAUUUCAGCUUGGGCUUUGGUUUAUACUUUCUACAGAUGGUAAGUGCUGAUAGUAGCAGGCAUCUUUUUCAUAGUUUAUUGGAUGUCAUGCUAACUAAGCAGACAGUUUAAUUAUUGCAAGCAUAACUACAUCAAUUAUUUUACCAUUAUGUCUUAAGUUCAGAAAUAAAAAAUAUGCUUUUAUGGCAAAGUUACUUUAACAUUAUACAUAUAGCAUUCAUUUUAAUAUUUGCAAAAAGCCAGUAUUAUGUGUUUAUAGGAGCAAGAUACCGUAAAAGGAGAAUACCAAGUCUAAAGUGGCAUCAGAAGACCUCUCUGAGGGACCCUCGGAGACUGGAUUUAUGCAAUGCUGUGGCAACCUGAGGCGGAGUUGUGGCAAAAGGGAUCUGGAAAUGUGCAAAGUCAUUUGGGGAAGUAAUGCAGCUGCAGCAGAAUAAAGGACUGCUAGCUGAAGAAUUGGGGUUCUUCUGGCUACUGCCACACACCCAGCGCUGUCACUUUUGCUUUAUUGGUCUGUCCCUUAUUAUCCCUUAGUAAAUUCUUAAAAUUUUGAGGAGUGGGCUUCGUUUCUCACAUCAGGCAUCAGCAGCAACCUGUGUUUCUGCUAGAUACGGAUCCUUCAGCUAAUCUGGUGAGAACAGGCGUUUCCUUCUGUUAGUGAAUCACACGUUGCUUUUAGCAGGGGUAGGCGGUGGGUCCGAAGAUGAUGAUGGUGCAGUGUUUAUAUACUCGCAAUGCUGCUAACUUCUAACCACUUCUAACCACUGUGUGGUCUCAAGUUGUACCGCACCAUCUCGGCAGAAAUGUAAAGAGGAAAGGAAAAAAAAAAAAAAAAACAAAAAAAACAAAGACAAAAUUAUUUGCAGGGCGAAAGAGCUGGCAGACAGCAGGCUGUUACCACUGCAGAUGGAUGGUGGUAAUGGUAAACCCGGAGCUGUGGAAUGCCUCCACCGAUGGCAGCAAGGAGGGAAGGAGCCCGUAAAGCCACUGUGGCCCUUGCCUGAAGGCUCCUAGCCUCCCUGUACUUCUUCCAGGCUUGGGAGAACACUUUCUCCUAAAUAUUAAGCUCUGGAAAUGGCGAAGGAGAGCCCCGUUUUCGCGGCUGCGGGGCGUUUCAGCGUUCCUGAGGAGCCGCUCCCCGAGGCGAUCCCAGGCGGGCCGGUAGCGGGACUGCAUCUCCCGUCAUCCCGCGGGGCAACGCCGCCAUCUCGGCACCGACCGCCGGGCCGGGCCGCCCGAGUGCCCCGCUGUGUUCCUCGGGCCCCGCCGCAUUCCCCGCUCCCCGCCAUGAGCUGGGACGGCGCCGGCGAGGAAGUGCGGUUCCUCCUGGACCUAUGCCUUCAGUGUUUGACAAAGAACCUUUCCAGAUAUUCUGCAGAUAUUAAGUCAUUGCCACCCAAUAUAAAGGAUAAACUGAUUAAAUUAAUGAGUAGGCAAGGGCAAAUAACUGAUACAAAUAUCGGUGAGGUAUUGCACCCUGCUGUGGAGUCUCUGGACCUCCGAGACUGUGAUAUUUCAGAUAAUGCGUUAUUGCAGCUUUAUAACUGCAAGCAGCUGAAAAAAAUCAACUUAAAUUCUUGCAAGGAGAACAGAUUUGGAAUUACUUCAGAAGGGGUCAUAGCACUGGCCUUAUCCUGUCCUUACCUGCGUGAAGCAUCUUUCAAAAGGUGCUGUGAUAUAACUGACAGUGGAGUUCUAGCUCUUGCACUCAACUGCCAAUUCCUACAAAUAGUGAACCUGGGCAGCUGCUCAGGCAUCAUGGAUGCAUCUCUGCAGGCACUAGGAAAAAACUGCAAAUUUCUUCACAGUGUGGACUUCUCAUCUACUCAGGUAACAGAUGAUGGCGUUGUAGCACUAGUGAGUGGAACAUGUUCAAAGAAUUUAAAGGAGAUCCACAUGGAGCGCUGUGUGAAUCUGACAGACAUCGCUGUGGAAGCUGUCCUUACUUGUUGUCCCAAGAUACACAUUUUUCUGUUCCAUGGAUGCCCACUGAUAACAGAUCGUUCCCGAGAUGCUUUAGAGCAACUCAUCAUAUCAAACAAAAUCAAGCAACUAACAUGGACUGUUUACUGAUUAUUUAUCCUGUACAUGGCCGUUGCUCAGGCUUCCCGAAGUGUUGGAUUUGGCUGUUACUUAGUAUCCUUUAGCAACUUAGCUGCAUAUACCAACCCAGUUUAGGUAAGUCUGUGUUCUGAGUUUGUAUUCUGGGAUAGUACUUGCAACUGAAAAUACCGAGCCCAAACACAGAAAUAUCUGUGAAGCUGGGAGUUUGAUCUAACAAAGAUCAACAGACAGAACUGGUGAAUGGAGGUGGCAUUAACAGUAAUAAAAAUGUACUUUCAAUAGUAACACAGAAUCUCCUUUCACCAUGUACUUUUGCUAGGUCUGAAAUAAAAAAUGUAGGUACUUUUCUUCUGAUGUAACUGAUGCAGCAGAUUUCUAUUCUUACCUACCAUCAAAUACUUGCUAGAUUUUUACACAUCCAAAACUACAGCCUGUGAAUGUGUAAACAUAAACUUGCUUUGGAAUUGUUACGGUGACUUUACAAAUUUCAGAGUAGUAGCUAUGACCAAGGAAAGGACUUUAUAUAUGGGCAAAUAUUUAAUUUGCUCUGGCUUUUGCCUAUGUUUCUACAUCAAAAUAAUUUUAGGGAACAAAAUACUGGUAUUCGUAAGUGCAUCUGUGAGUGAAAUAGGACUAAAUGUAGCACUUAAAUCUCAGGAUGGUAUAUGUUCUGCUGUAUGCAGUUAAUUAUGUAGCCAGUGGCCCCCAGAAAUGGAAAAUAUCAAUAAAUUUAUUGUUCAAUUACA